AUGUCGUCGCAGUGUCGCUGUCGUGAAAGUGUGCACAGUUUUUAUCGCUUCGUACCGAUUUCCACGUACCUACAUAGCAUGUCGAUGUCGCUUUCAUAUCGUAUCGCCUAUCGUAUCGCUCUAAUAUGCACCGUGCCUAACGGAAAAAUCAGUGCUGAGGGUAAUGGGGACAACCAGAAGAGGCAGGCGUAUUUUAAGGCGAAGCGCAUACAGAGCAAUGAAUUGGCCGCCAUCAAAGUCAUCAAACUCGAGCCCACCGAUGACAUACAGAUCAUCCAGCAGGAGAUUAUUAUGAUGCGCGAUUGUCGGCAUAAAAACAUCAUCACAUACUAUGGUUCGUAUUUGCGACGCGACAAAUUGUGGAUAUGUAUGGAGUAUUGUGGUGGUGGCAGUCUGCAGGACAUCUACCAGGUGACGGGGCCGCUGGCCGAACAACAGAUCGCCUACAUGUGCCGUGAAACUUUGAAAGGACUCGAGUACCUGCAUACGAUGGGCAAGAUGCAUCGUGAUAUCAAGGGCGCCAACAUCCUGCUGACCGAACAGGGCGACGUCAAGCUGGCGGAUUUCGGUGUGUCAGCGCAGAUAACCGCCACGAUCAACAAGCGAAAAAGCUUUAUCGGUACACCAUAUUGGAUGGCACCCGAGGUGGCCGCUGUGGAGCGCAAAGGUGGCUACAAUCAAUUAUGUGAUAUAUGGGCGGUGGGCAUAACGGCAAUUGAACUUGCUGAACUACAACCGCCAAUGUUCGACUUGCAUCCGAUGCGUGCGUUGUUCCUAAUGUCGAAAAGUGGUUUCAAACCGCCCACAUUGAGCAACAAGGAGAAAUGGAGUCCCACCUUUCACAAUUUCGUAAAGACGGCGCUGACGAAGAAUCCCAAGAAGCGUCCCACCGCCGAGUGUCUGCUAAAGCAUCCGUUCGUGCAGGGCGAGAUGUCGGUGCGUGUGGCCAAGGAGUUGCUGCAAAAGUUCUUGAGUCCAAAUCAGCAAUUCUACUACUAUUUGGAUGGCGAGGAGGAGACUGUCGCCAGCGUACCACAACGAAUAGCAAGUAAAAUGACAUCAAGGCCAAAUGGUAUUUCACCGCAAAAUCACACUUUGAAAACAGGCAUGACGACGAAUUCACAGUGGAACGAUCGCUCAUCUAGUCCCGAAACGUUGCCAAGCGACAUGAGCCUCUUACAGUAUAUUGAUGAGGAGCUAAAGCUAAGAGCCACUCUGCCAUUAACCGAUACCAAAGAUUUGCUUAGCACCGAGUGCCACUGCGCGCGCAAUAGCGGAAAUGGCAAUGGCAAUGGAGGUGGCAGCAGCGUCGGCGCCAACGACGCCCCUGCGCCAUCAGCCCCCGACGAUGUCAGCAGCUCCUCCACAACCUCUGCGACGGCCACAUCAGCAGCAACAGCAGCAACCACAAGCGUCAAUGGCGGCAGUGGUGCUGGCGGUUUGGGUCAUUCGAUGUCCGCCUACUUGGGACUGGGUAUUGGCUUUUCCAAUUUGCGCACGACUUCGGUUGAUGCUGUGACCAAUAAUGCCAACCACGACAGCGGCACUCGCCAUCAGCAACAGCAUACACACGUACACCAACAGCAGCAGCAGCAGCAGCAACAACAGCAGCCACGUUAUCACCAACAUCAUCAUCAUCAUUACAUGCACUACACCAACAACAGUAACAAUAGCAGCAACAACAAUAGUAACAGGAACAACAAAGGCGGGCAUGGCGGCAGCAAUAUGCAUUCGCGCUCAUCCAGCGCCACCGGCCUUGCGGCAACCCCCUCCAGCUUUUCCUACGAUGCCACAAUGGCGACGACAACAACUCUCAACGGGCAAUUGCCGCACACAUCGUUGUCCUCGUCGUCUUACAAUCCGUUGGAUAGUUUCAGUUGCGAUAGCGAUGGUGGUGCUGGUGCUGGCGGCGGUGACUUAGGUGGUAGUGUUAGUAGUACUAAUGGUGGCGGUGGCGUUGGCGAAGGUGGUUUAGUUUGUGGUGUGUUAGGUGUUGAUAGGAACGGCGGUAGUGGUGUUGGUGGUGCUGUUGGUUUUGUUGGUGUUGGUAGUAGUGUCGGCGGCCUUGUCGCUUCCCCAUCGCCCUCGUCAUCCACGUCCGCGUUUGCUCGUGAUGUGCUCAUGCAUUCCUCUGCUUCUACGUCGCAUUUGUUCACAAAUUUGCUGCGUAAUAAUGGCGCCAAUUAUUUUAAUAGCAACACUUCAGCGACCGAUUCGACAACGACGAUUGGCGCAGCUGCAGCAACGGCGACGUCAGCGUCCGCAUCCGCAUCGGCUUCGGCUGCUUCGGCGGGCUCGACCUCGGCCUCGGCCUCUGGCGAAUGCACGCCUACAUCGGCGCAGGCGACUGGCGGAGGCAUUGACAACAAUUGUGAUUAUAUGCAUGAAAGUAUUCAGAAUGGUUUAGAGGACUCGCCACGUCGCCAUAGCUCAAUGGACCAGCUAAUUGGCUUGCUAAAUGACAUGGGCAAAUCGUCGAGAACACGGAGCCUCAGCGAUGGAGGCACGCAAGAGGACGAAAUGGAGAAAGAAGCCCAACCGGAUCUGCUCAACAAUACGCCCCCCGUGCCUCCCAAACGUUCACAUCGUCGCCGCCACACCCCGCCACGUCCCAUCUCCAACGGUCUGCCCCCCACGCCCAAGGUGCAUAUGGGCGCCUGUUUCUCAAAGAUCUUCAACGGCUGCCCGCUGCGCAUACACUGCACCGCCUCGUGGAUCCACCCCGAAACGCGCGACCAACACCUGCUCAUCGGCGCCGAUGAAGGCAUAUUCAAUCUGAAUAUGAACGAGCUGCACGAUGCGGUAAUAGAUCAGCUCUUUCCGCGUCGCACCACCUGGCUGUAUGUGAUCAAGGACGUGCUAAUGAGUCUAUCAGGCAAAUCCUGUCAGUUGUAUAGGCACGAUCUGAUCGCGCUACAUUCCAAGCAGACCCAUCGUUUCUCGCUGCACAUGAACAAAAUUCCCGAAAGACUAGUGCCGCGCAAGUUCGCGCUCACCACCAAAGUUCCCGACACCAAAGGCUGCACCCAGUGCUGCGUCACGCGCAAUCCCUACAACGGCUAUAAAUACUUGUGCGGCGCCACGCCCAGCGGCAUCUUCCUCAUGCAGUGGUACGAUCCGCUGAACAAAUUCAUGCUGCUCAAGCAAUGCGAAUGGCCGGCAACGAGCAUACUGGGCGGCGGGCAUGGCUGCGUGCUGAAUGGCCACACAUCCGUCUUCGAGAUGAUCAUCACGCCGGAACUGGAGUAUCCGAUCGUGUGCACGGGCGUGCGAAAAGCACUCAAUGGCUGUCUCAAGCUAGAACUGAUCAAUAUGAAUAGCGCUAGUUGGUUCCAUUCGGACGAUUUGGAUUUCGAUGCUAUGGCAACAAUGGUGCCGCGGCGUGAUCUAUUGAAAGUGGUGAAAGUACAUCAGGUAGAAAAGGAUGCGAUACUUGUCUGCUAUGGCAACAUCAUACAAGUCGUCACGCUGCAGGGCAAUCCGAAGCAGCACAAGAAAAUGGUCUCGCAACUCAAUUUCGAUUUCAGUGUGGAUAGCAUAGUUUGUCUACCGGACAGCGUACUAGCAUUCCAUAAGCACGGCAUGCAGGGCAAGUCGUUGCGCAAUGGCGAAAUAACGCAGGAAAUCAAGGAUAUGAGUCGCACAUAUCGACUGCUCGGCUGUGAUAAAGUCGUCGCUUUGGAGAGUCAAUUGCUGCGCACCGGCUCACUGGGCAGCGAGGAGGGGCAUGAUCUUUACAUUCUAGCCGGCCAUGAAGCCAGUUAUUAAUUAACUAAAUAGAUAAAUAACUAUAGUUGUAGUUGUGGGAAAUGCAAUUAACUACAAAUGUAAAGAAAGUAAAAACUAAUCAUUCUGCUUACUGCAUACAAAAUGAACAAAACGGCUUAUACACAAUGCAUAAAAAGCCAAUUGGCAUGCGAAAUUGAGUAAAAUGAAUGUAGGUAUACAUAUGCAUGUGUAUAUAUAACUGAAAAUUAAAGUAUGUAUGUAAUUGUACGAUAGCAUUUAAAUUAUAAAGGAUAACUUUCUAAAUUUUUUGUAUAACAUCAAACGAUUUAUAAGCAUUUUCUAGCGUCAUUUUCAUUGUAAAAUGCAUACAACUUUUAAGGUGAGCGCAAACUGGCGAUUUUGAAUUUUUUUUUAGAAAUUGUAAGAUCCUACGCUGCACUAAAGCCAAAGCAUUUUGAGAUUAAAUGCAAGCAGGACAGCAAUGAAUUUUGUUGGCAUGCAUUUCUUAUUGUACAGUAUAGUGUGUGCGUCACCAAAUCAAGUGAAUGCCGUUAAAAGAUAAAAAUACAAAAACAAAAAACUUUCUUAACUAAGGAAAAUUGUAAAUGUUAUGCUGCGAUCGCUUAGUAACUUUAAAAUUUUGAGAAUAAGUUUUAGUUGUAUGGCAUUUCUUAGCUGCUACGAAUGUAUUCUCUGCUCAGUCAAUACUAUCUUAUUGCAUACAUACAUACACAUAGAUAAUUACAUACUUAAUUUAAGAGAGUAUUUUGAAAAUUUUCACGGUAUUUGAAUACAAAGUACGUAUUAAAAUGAGAAAGGGCACAGCAUUAAAUAAACAGCAAAGUGAUUGAAAUUUUAUGAGAUAUGUCUGUAUAUUCUUAAACAUAAAUACAAAAUAAUAAUAAUAAUAAUAGUCACUGCGAAAA